CACAAGGCCGGCGCAGGUUGUGUCUAGUGUCCGCCGCCGCGCCGCGCACCUUCCCCCUCACUGUCUCCGAAAUUUUCUGACGAUCUUAGCAUGGACAUGAUCACUUCCUGCAAACUCGUGCCUCCGCAGCCUCGCAUGACCAGUAGCUCCUCGGGUGGCAGAGGCCAUCACUGUACACCACCAUUGAAUUACUUGUGCAUUUGUUGAAAGCCGAAAUCCAGGUGAUCUUAGCGUGGAUAUGAUCCGCGUGUUCUUGCCUCCACAGCCUGGUGUGACCAGUAACUCCUUGCUUGGCCCAUCGAUGUACCACACUGCUGAACAACCUGUGCUUUCGCUGAGAGUGGAAACCCGGGUCAUCUAAAGGUGGUCAUGAUCACUACCGGCCUGCUCGUGCAUUCACAGCCUUGCUUGAACAUAACCCAUUACACGCUAUAGAGGCCACACGUACACUACGAUUCCUGAAUUGCUUGUCCAUUCAUUGGAGGCAGAAAUAUCUACCAGUUGUGCUUGGUUCUGCAGCAGUGCUUACUUAAUUGUACUUAAAUCAAAAGCAAAUUACUGUAGUAGCUGUGGUUCUGCAACAGAUAAGUGGUGCAAGAAGCGAGUCUUGCGGGAUUCCCCUGCUAAUAGAUCACUGAUGCUAUGACCGGGGAAAAAUACCUGCUGGUGACAGAGUGGGGAGUGAGUGUGGGCAGGUACUUUUUUGUGUGAAGCCGUCGGGGUAGUGCUGUACGGCUGUGGGUUAGUGCUGGUGCCCCACAUACCCACCUUGUGCCCUCCGCCGUCAAGAAAAUUGCCUGUGAAUAAUGUGACGUAUCAACCUUUUCCCCGGUUACACUGUGCAAAACAUGAAGAAAAUAUUUGUGAUUCUGGCAGUCAAUGUUAUCACGGCUUGGUCAAUAAACUGGCUGUCACUACAUCGGGGUGGUUACGAGAAGUGGGGUCAUUCUAGGAGCUGUAAGAACGGUCGUCAAGUAUAUGGCUUCACCCGGGGACAGACGCGCACGUGUAGGAGCCAGGUAGAGGUAAUGCCCCAGGUGAGCCACGCCGCCACCACCACCGUCACCACCUGCCAGAGGAUCUUCCACAGCAGGCGAUGGAACUGUUCCUCCAUACUCAACGCUCCUCACCUCUCACGUGACCUUACUUCAGGUACACGGGAGCAGGCGGUAGUGUACGCCCUCAGUUCGGCCGCAGUGACGUGGGCGGUUUCGCGGGCGUGUUCCCAGGGCACGCUGGUGCUGUGUGGGUGUGGCAGGGUGCCCCACGAGCCCCCCAACGGCCAUUUCAAGUGGGGUGGCUGCGGCGACAACGUCAAGUUCGGCGCCGCCUUCGCCAGGGACUUCAUCGACGCCAGGAACAACAAGAACACCAGAUUGACGGUUCCAGGUCGACUCAGGCGCGGCACAGAGGAGGACCCUGAAGGAGACACCGACGGGUGGUCUGCCAACAGCGCUCGUCACCAUCGGGAAGUGCAGCCUUACACCCCUUACCUCCCCACACACGUCAGCCUCCAGACGAGAAACACAAGGAGAAGAUCGAGUAACAAGAAGCGAGAGAAUAAUCAGGGAAAAAUGGCGAGAAUGAGAUUAAGAAAGAAGAACAAGAGAAGAAAAAAGGGAAAACGGCAGAAGAAUCAAGCCAUAACUAUGAUGAAUCACCAUAACAAUAGGGUGGGCAGACGGGUAGUGAAGGCCUCGCUCUCCACACAGUGUAAGUGCCAUGGUGUGUCCGGGUCCUGCAACAUCAAGACGUGCUGGAAGGCGCUCCCUAACUUUAUCGAGGCUGGGGAGCGGCUAUACCGAGGCUACCUAUCCGGGGUGGAGGUAAGGGAGGUGUCGGCGGGUCCUCGCCUCCGUCUGCUGCCCGCCAGUCCCGCCGUCUCCCGAUUCUCACGAGACGACCUCAUCUACGUCACCAAGUCCCCGGAUUACUGCCACCCGGAGCCUCGCGUUGGUUCCCUUGGCACUGGCGGACGGCGCUGCAACGCUACGUCACGGGGUGUUGAUGGGUGCAGCGUGAUGUGCUGCGGGCGUGGGUACACCUCCCAUUCUCAUCGCACUCACCUCCGCUGCCACUGCAAAUACCACUGGUGCUGUUACGUCACCUGCCAGACCUGUGCUGUGCGGCAGGAAAUCCACACCUGCAAUUGACUUCACUUCACGCCUCCAAAACUGGCUUCAUUUGCACCCCCCCCCCCCUCGUCCAUAUUAUAAUGUCGUUCACACCUGUAUUUGACUUCAUUCACACCUGUCUUUGUCUACAGCCUCGCUCACAACUGAUGCCAUUCAUACCUGUCCCCGUUCACAAGUGACGUCGUUCACAUCUGUCUUCCUCUUCCUCAUGUCAUUUAUAUACGUCAUCGCGCACAACUGAUGUCAUUCACCCACGGCCAAUGUUCCUCACAGCUCCUACGUCACCUGCCAGGCCUGCAUAGAGUGGUAUGAUGUCCACACCUGUACAAGAGUUAUGUGUCACAGCUGACCUCACUCAGAGUCCAUUUCACUAAUAACUGUUCCGACUCACAGCUGAUGUUAUUCACACUUUUAACUGACUUCAUUCGCACCUGCAAAAGACUUUAAUCACACUAGCACAUAAGAAUGGUCUUGCUCAAAGCUGUCGUCGCUAAGAGCUGUUAUGACUCACAGUUGAUGUCAUUCACACUUUUAAUUGACUUCAUAUACAUCUGAAGUCCUAUUCACAGCUGAUUUAAGUCUUGGGUGAUGUCAUGCACACUUGUAAUUGACUUUUUAACACCUGGUCUCACAGCUAACGUUGCUAUUAGCUGAUGUCGUUCACAACCAACGUCUCUCAUAUGAAAACGUCACUCAAAUCUCGUCACACAAGACUUAUCAUAGUUGACAUCACUCACAUCUUAAAAGACUCACUACUACCUGUAAAUGUCACUAAAAUAAUAAAUUUGCUCAAAACUGACCCCUCGCCUUCUGAAAAACGUCAAACAACUCAAGUCACUCAGUUAAAAAACUUUCCCAUAACUUAUGUCACUCAAAACAAUCCUCACAACUGACACCAUCAUAAGUGAUGUCAUUACCUGUGCCCCCCCCCCUCAGGCACACCGCGAGGCAGCCUAAGGGUAUUUAUAAAGAAUCAGUCAGUCAGUCAGUCAGUCAGUCAGUCACGUUAGCUAAUUAAUCCGUCCCCGUGGAAAACUCUGCGGACAUGCCCACUACAGUUUCACUCCUUUUUCUUCACUCACAAGUUCAUCUGAGUACAUCACAGCCCACAUCCUUUGGUAGUGAUCCCAUGACAGUGUUGGUAUAUAAGAUCAAAGUUUAAGGUUAUCAUACAUCAAGGGAGGUCAAAGGUCUAGUUAUUUUGGGGUAUAUCGCCGUCCGUUUUUGGUCUCUCUCUCUCUUCCUCUACCUCUACUUCUACUUAUCCAUCAAUCCGUCCAUCUAGGUGUUACGAUUUUUGGGGCACUUUUAGGCUGAGUCAGUAGUGAUCGUUUGGUACUACGCGUGUGUCCUCUAUCUCAAGACAAGAAUCUCCAGAUUUUAUUUAGUCAUAAUGUACAAACUUCGCAAUAAUAAACUUAUAAUUAAA